AUGACUAGACAAAAAUCUCUCAAAACGAUGAUAAUUUCCAAUUCAAUCAAUUUCCUCGGUCUAUUAUUGGUUCUUGGGGUCACUUUUGGAGUUUACAACUCGAUUUCCAAUCCCACAGAUGAAAAUUUCCAGAAAGAGUUUUUGAGUGUACUGGAAAGUAAAUCAGAGAAAGGAAUGAAGACGCUUCACAAGUAUCAGCAAGCCACCAAAUGUUGUGGUGUCCCUCUUUCCAGUGAUAUUUCCUGGAAUCAAACUUCAAUUUCUCUAGGAAAUCCAUGGGCGUCUUGGUAUUACUACACGAUGCUGGAUGAGGAUUACAUUGAUGAGACACGACGCCUCUUCACUCUCCCCUGGUCGUGUUGCUCGGAUAGAACUCUGGAAUGUGAGCAUCUCGCGUUUGAAAGGUUUCCAUUUUCAAAAGUCUUCCCUCUUUUCAAUCCCCCGAUUCUUCACCAUUUUAGGGUUUCCAUCGAACCAUCAAGCAAAAAUGUGAUUAUUGACGAGCUGGUGGUGGUGGAGCAUCGUUUGAGAAAAGCCCGACGUAGUGAAGACGCUCGUCAGAGUGUCUAUGAGAAUUCUUGUGAGCCGCCAACUAAAAUUCUUUUGGCUGGAGUUCCAAUGCAGUUGUUGGGCGUAGGAGCUGGUUUUGCCCUCCUAACACUUUCUGCAAUUGGACUUGAUGGAUUUUUCAUCUGGAAAUUCUACAAAAGCCAACAAGAGAAUUAUAACUUUCCUUUAAUUCGGAAAUGA